GUCCCGCCCACUUUGGGCGGAGCUUCCGGCUCCAAUUGCUUGGGCCUUAUGCUGACGGCGGGGAGCUAGCGACGCCGGGAUGGUGCUCCUGGAGAGCGAGCAGUUCCUGACGGAGCUGACCAGACUGUUUCAGAAGUGCCGGUUGUCGGGCAGCGUGUUCAUCACCCUGAAGAAGUAUGAUGGUCGAACUAAACCCAUUCCAAGGAAGGGUUCUGUAGAGGGCUUUGAGCCCUCAGACAACAAGUGUCUGUUAAGAGCUACUGAUGGGAAAAAGAAGAUCAGCACUGUGGUGAGCUCCAAAGAAGUGAACAAGUUUCAGAUGGCUUACUCAAAUCUAUUGAGAGCUAACAUGGAUGGGCUGAAGAAGAGGGACAAAAAGAGCAAGAGUAAGAAGAGCAAAGCAGCACAGUGAAGGGCACCAGAUAUCCAUCUUUCACCAACUAACCACCGAAUUACUAUUUUUUCUUUGGUUUUUACUUUUGGCCACAAAUCUAGGUUUCUGGUUCCCCCAUAAUAACUUUUCAUGUGAGAUGAGUGUCAUUUUGGAUGGAAGAAAGGCUGCAGUGUUUAUAGGAUAGUUGUAAGAAGCCGAGUUUAUUUGAGAAUUGGCUGAUUGGUCUUUGUUGUAUGGUUGUGUAUCCUGGGAUUAUAAAGUCUCUGUAGCCAUCUGUGUGAAGAACAAUGGAUCAUUAAACCUGUAUUUAUCUGCACUGA